AUGGCCAGCACGACAUAUAACGGCCCAUUCCUCCCUCCCAUCCAUACCUCAUUCACCCCACUCUUAUCCUCUCCUACCGGUCUCAUCACCUCACAAGAGCUUCACAGCGCUCUCGACCGCAACCCCUCUGACAGCUUUGAAAGCUUGCACGAUCUCUAUCAAGUCAACGAAGAGGAGGCUGAAGAGGAUUGGAGCGAAGACAGUGACCAGAUUCAAGUGUACAGUACAAAGCCGCUGCGUGUCAGGAAGAAGAAGGGCCGUUCCACCAAAGUCACACACGUUGCCAACCGCCGUCGUUCGACCAUGGUUUCGGUUCCUCGCUCGCCUGUGUCACCAAAGUCGCCAGUGUCACCCCGCUCCCCUACCUCCUUCGACAGCGACUCUGCCCACGCACACAUCUCGAGAAUUUUCCUGUCUCUUCCCGAGCCAUCGCCUACCAUGGCUGUUCCUUUGGUAACCCAGCCCAACCGGCUCGCACCUGUCACUUCUACGGACAGACAAAGCACUCGGUCUUCGAGGUCCUCUCUUCAUCUCGGCUUGGGCGGUUCAUCCAGCUACGACCCUAUCUGUCCCGGCCCAUCCCCUCCCUCGUCGCCGGUUCCAUCCCCCAACAAGCGCCACUUCACGUCUCCAACCAUGUACGAGUCUUUUGAGCGUCCACGCAAGCCUCUUCCUGCCGUCCCGUCUUCCCCCAUCACCCCUUCGCGAGCUCCCCGCAAGGCUGCCAAGCUCCUCGGGGUAGACCUUCCUCCCGUGAUGGAGCAGGAGAAGAAGAAGCAUUAUGCGGCGUCCGCGCUCAAGGCUGGCAGACACUUUCGUCCUCUGCCGAAUGUGGAUUUGGCAGAGAUUGAAAAGUUCUUUGGGGAGGUGCCAAAGAAGCCUUCAAAGUCUCAACCGGGUCUCAAAACGGGCAAGAAGGCGAGCAGCUCCUGUUAUAAGAGCAACUCUGCGCACGGUGCCCCGGAGGCUUGUGACCGGAACAUCGGAGAGGGACAGACAGUCAAGCACAGGGGCACCGACGGCUCAAUGUGGCUUGAUGUAGAGGAGGAGCAAGAGUUUGCAUGGCUUAUGAGCGAAGCUAUCGCUGCUGUCCCUGCAUCCUUGCCUAGUGUGGAUGAUUUGUCCGAGUCUAUCGGCGGAACUUUUCCCGUGGAGAGAAGGGACAGGUGCAUCGACGACAUGAAUACUCUGUAUGGAAGCGACGAGGAGGACAGCGGCAAAUGGGACAUGGAAGCUUUUACUUCUAUCCUUUCCGUGCCCAAGCCCAAAGCUAGCAGAGCUUCACCCUCAUCCUCUUCCUCUCCCAGCAAAUCCCGACCACAGCCUCCCCCCCUUGUCCGUCGGGCCAACAACAGUAACCCCGACUCCUCUUUCAUGGAGAUUGCGACUCCCAAGCGUCUCGACUUUUCUUUCGACAUUUCUCCUGCCAGAGAUCUCAAUACCUGGUCCAGGUCUGGCGGCUCCCGACAUGCGAGGUCGGUAUCUAGCCCAGCUCCCGUCUCUCCCCACUAUGAGAUUUCCGAGCCUAUGCCUUUGCCUGGCUACGAGUUCAGCGCUUCGUCUUCUUACCCCGCGCUUUCGUUAGACUCCUCUGCUAUUGGGGCUGGUCUGGAUAGAAAGAUGUCGAGUUCUCCUCCUCGCAUCCGCAACCGUCCACCUCCCAUCAAUCUCCCCGAUCCCGUUGUCAAUCAUCGCCUUCCUAUCCUCACAGCCAGCUCACCGUCAAUGACUCAAUCCGACCGAGACAGGGACUCUGUCAUUGUCACGCCCUUUGUGAAGCCUAGGGCCGCUCCAGCACCGCACAAGGGAUCCGUCCCAGCUGUGCCUCCUAUUCCUCUUGAGCACAUCCCUUACAGACCACCCAUGCCGACUACCGUUGACUCUGACUCUGUACACGGCUGGAGGUCAAGGGGUGGGAAAGGAUUGGCGCCGAGGAAUGAGCAGAGGGAAGAGACAAGCACUAGAGACUUGAUCAGCUUUUUCGAACCGGUCACUCCGGUGGAAAGAAUGGGGCCCAUGUAUGAGGGUGGGGGAGCUGGGCCGGGCGCUGCGGCGGGGACAAAAGGAAAAGGGUGGUUGAAGAGGGCCAUGAAGCCUUUGAAGUCGCAGAGUAGAGAGGCUGGACCUCGCGUAUAUAUCUAG